GGCACCACUAGCUCAGGCAGCGCGUUCCUGAAGGGACAAGACUAGGCAGUCCCUGUCGACAACGAAUGGUUAAUGUUAUUAGGUGAUGAAUCAGUUUGGAAAGAAGUUGAUGCUUUUGCAGGGGGGGAGGGAUUGCUGAAACUUCAAGUCUUCAACCCGAUGCAAACCCGGAGUCGGCACAAAAGGUUAAAAGAAGUUCGAUCGACGACAUGGACAGUUUUGUAGUCUGAUAACUAGAGGACAGCGACGCGAUUUUUGGAUGGUUGACUGUUUGUUGGUGUUGUUGUUGUUGUUCUAGACUUGAGAGAGAGAGAAAAGAAAACCCAUCAGCAGAGAGUGAUCUGUUAGCAGGACAAGAAGAAAAAAAAAGAAAAGAAAAAAAAAAGAAUGGACGAACCACCAUGUUCUCCUACAGACGUACCCCAAAGAUCAGAAACGCCACGACCUCCAGCAGCAGCAGCAGCAGCAGCAACACAAAGCAAUCAUCCCCAAGACCCUUCCACGCCAUCCAGACGAAGCAAUCAUCAUCCUCAUAAACCCCACAAACCCAACCCUCCCACCCGCCAAAGAAGUCUCACCGAAGUCCUCCACGCCCUCGACCUCCUCCACCAAACCUCCCAACCCGUCCUCCUCAUCGGUCUCGACCCCUCCUGGCUCUCUCUCAACCGCCCUUCUUCCCAGCGAAACGCCCACUCCUCCUCCUCCUCCUCCUCUGGCUCCUCCUCCCCCUCCCAAUACUCAACUUUCCAAACCACGUUCACCCAACUCCAACAAAACAACCCAUCUCUCUACAUGGAACUCCAUCUCCUACACCCGGACAGCCGCGAAAACAUCUACGAUGUCAAACGCAAAAUCCGAGAUGGUUCAGGCCCCGAGGGAGGAAGUUGUGAUUGGACUGCUGUAUUAUGGGAUUCCAUUUUACGAAGUGAUGCCGAAUUAACCGGCUUAUUUGAGGAUUUGGUGAAUUUUGUGAGGGAAAUGUUGCCGGCUGCGAAAUUGGUGUUUCCCAGGGAUGAUGCGGAUUUUGCGGAGGCGUUGAGGAGGAAUUUGGGGGUUUUUGUUGAGGGUGGUGUUGGGGGUGGUGCUGGUGCUGGUGCUGUAUCGUCGCCGACGUUGCCGCCGCCGUCGGAAAAGCUUACGAGGAGUGCGUUGGAGACGAUGCAGGGGUUUAAGUUUUAGAGGAGAGAGGUGAUGGAAUGGGCUUGGGGAGAGAGGGAGGUGUUUUUCCUUUUU